CCUGCGAAAUACUUUGAUGAGCUAAUCGCGUUUUAUAUUCCGUAUCGAAGUCGGUCAGGCAGCUUGCGCGAAUUUAAACCUCUUUUUUUACCUCUUCCGUAUCAUUUGUGCAAGCGUGUUGAGCGGUAGUCGAGACCAGGCAUUGUCAGUUCACGAGGCUCAUCCACAGCACAACAGCCAACGAUGACGGACACGGCGAAUAACUCCUCCUCUGGUGUCAUCAACUUCGGCGCAGGCCCAGGAAAACUUCCGCGAAAGGUACUGAAAGACGUGCAAGACGAACUCCUUAGCUAUGCCAACACUAAAAUCAGCGUUCUCGAGCUCAGCCAUAGGUCAGGUGAUUUCAAGAAAAUCAUUGAAGACGCUCAAGCAAGCGUACGGGAUCUCUUAAAAAUUCCGGAUAACUACAAGGUCUUAUUUCUUCAAGGAGGUGGAACUGGUAUGUUCGCAGCUGUGCCUUUGAAUCUACUAAACGAAGCGGGAACAGCUGACUAUAUUGUUACUGGUUCGUGGUCUGCUAAGGCAGCCAAAGAAGCAGCAAAAUAUGCUAAAGUGAACUUGGUACUUCCCAAGGUCAACAAGUACACAGAUAUCCCCGAUCCAUCAACUUGGAAUUUGAAUCCAAAAGCUUCUUACGUUUAUUACUGUGCCAACGAAACGGUUCAUGGCAUCGAGUUUAACUACGUCCCUGAAGUUGGGGAUGUUCCUUUGGUAGCUGAUAUGUCCUCAAAUAUGUUGUCCCGUCCGAUUGACAUUUCAAAGUUUGCAGUCAUAUUUGCUGGUGCUCAGAAGAACAUCGGACCAGCAGGUGUUACUCUUGUCAUAGUCCGCGAUGACGUGCUUGGACAUCCUAAAUCAAUCUGCCCAUCAGUAUUGGACUUCUCUAUCAUGGCAACGGAUAAUUCUGUCCAUAAUACACCACCAACAUUCCAAAUAUACGUUGUGGGUCGAGUUUUCGACUGGAUUAAGGAAAACGGUGGAGUCGAAGGCAUGGAGAAACUGGCGAUAGCAAAGAGCAAAGCUAUAUAUGAUGUGAUCGAUAACUCAAAUGGAUUUUAUCACUGCCCGAUAAGACGUGAUGCUCGUAGCCGAAUGAAUAUUCCAUUUAGAAUUGGUGGCGAUGACGAAGACUUGGAAAAUACUUUCUUAACUGGGGCUUCAGCUCGUGGAAUGCUUCAGCUCAAGGGUCACAGAUCCGUUGGUGGUAUACGUGCCUCAUUGUACAACGCAGUGACUAUGGAAGAUGUCCAAGCAUUAGUAACCUACAUGAAUUAUUUUUACCGUCUACAUCGCAAACAGAAAGACUAGAAAAAAGGAUUAGCCGGCCUUCAGAAGUGAGUAAUAGCUCAUCGGCGUAAGCUUGGGCCACAACAUAUGGCAUACCUUCAGGAUCUAUCCCGGGCCAUCUUAGAUCAUCAGAUUCUAGCCUGGAGAUGAAAGAGAGAAUAAUGUUGUACCAAAAUGAUGAGUUGACUGAGGGUUAAAGCAACAAAAAAAAAAAAAAUGAAAGUACCAGUGUUAUAAUUUGAUAAUUCAACAGCUUGAUGCUGAUAUCGAACAGAUGUGAGUUAAUUUUACCUCUCGUUGAUCGAACUGAGAAGUGAAUUUAUUUGCAGUGUAUGCUUAUCAUCUUCAUCGAUGCUGCAGAUAGCUUCACCUAAAGCAAUCGCCAAGGAAACAGUAUCAUUACGAUCAAGACCAGCAACCAACUGAGGUUCGUUCGUCGAAGUAGAUGCCGUUGAAUUAGUACUGGGGUCAGCUCUCACUUUUGAGAAAUUAGUGUACAGAGCAGCGCACAUGAUUUGGAGAAGGACUGAACCACCUAUGGGGUGGCAGUUCGCAGGAAUAUUAUUGUUUAUCCUCGAAGCUGUACGCAGUAAGCCUGCCGGUGCGCAAAUGUACAAUUCGCUGAAGCAGGCGAGGGCCAGUGACAUUGUUUGGUAAAUACUAGCUCCUGUCUAUCAAGUGUAAUAGUGUAUGGUUUAGGUAACGAUGAGGCACUUCAGAUGGGUAAAUCAUGCAUAGCACACUUACCUUGAUUGCGUCCAGCAGAGUUGUGACAAUGGGUACCAUGAUGGGAUACAGAGGUGUAAUAAGAGCGUGUAGCCAUGACGGUCUGAUUUGAUUCCAAACCUUGAAUGUCCCGAAAAAUGACUGAUUAACUGUGAGCAGGAUACUAUCGGUCAAUUCUUUACAAACAUUACCUGAUGUCUGUCUAAGCAGUUGGACCAGUCAGAAUCUUGUAGCAGUGCUGGAAUAAUGACAAUCAUCGCAUCCAUGUCUGCAAUUAUUGAGAUAUAGGUAAGGCUGUAAGCCCACAAAGCUGGACUACAAGCAGGGCGAGAGCAGGUUUGUCCUGAGCA